AUGGACCCUGGGAAUGACUCAUUUUACCAAUUUUUGGUGGCGGUUGUUAUUGCUGUAGUUAGUUUUUUUAGUGGAUAUGCCGCGGGUAAACUAAAUGCAAAUAUAUCGCAAGAUAAAAAAGUCGAUGAUUAUGAUUCCGAUGACUUGAAAACUAUUAAAGAUCCAUCACGAUUCAGAAAUUCUCAAAUCAAUCCUGAUGAUUAUGAUGAAUUCAAAUUAGUAUUAUUGGUCAGAAAUGAUCUUGGAAUGACAAAGGGUAAAGUUGCCGCGCAGUGUUCCCAUGCGACUUUGGCGUGUUAUAAAUAUUUAAAAAGAACAAAUCCCAAGUUAUUAAAAGCAUGGGAGUAUUCUGGUCAACCUAAAAUUGCUUUAAGGGUUAAGGAUGAAGCUGAAAUGUUAUUGUUGGAAGAAAAAGCCAAAGGUUUUAAGUUGUGUGCGAGAAUUAUUCAGGAUGCCGGCCAUACACAAGUUGAUCCUGGCUCUAAAACUGUUAUGGGAAUUGGUCCAG